AUGCCGUUGGAGCUGGGACAGGGCCUGGUCCAGGUACCACCACUGGUAAAGGCAGAGGUCCCUCUACUCCCUGGACUAAGUGCUGUUCUUCAAGGGGAACUCUCCAGCCCUGAAGCUGCCCGACAGCUUUUCAGAUGCUUUCAGUACCAGGUUCUGUCUGGUCCCCUUGAGACUUUGAGGCAACUUCGAAAGCUCUGUUUCCAGUGGCUGCAGCCAGAGGUUCACAGCAAAGAGCAGAUCCUGGAUCUCCUCAUGUUGGAGCAGUUCCUGACCAUCCUGCCUGGGGAGAUACAGAUGUGGGUUCGCACACAGCGUCCUAGCAGUGGAGAGGAGGCUGUGACGCUGGUGGAGAGCUUGAAGGGCGAUCCCCAGAGACUGUGGCAGUGGAUCAGCAGCCAGGUUCUGGGACAGGAAAGCUUACCCGAGGAGGUGGAAUCUGCAAGCUGCCAAGUGAGGGAGGCAGAGGCCAGUCUUGAAGUGGUGCCUCAGGAGCUGGGACUUCAGAAUUCAGCCUCAGGGCCUGGAGAGCAGCUGAGCCACAUCAUCAAAGAGGAACCUGACACUGAGCUGGAAUUAGUGAUGGCUGCUCCUCAGUUUCUUGUGAGACCUCAGGAAAGGCUCAUCAGUGACCAGGACUCUGGAGGCUCACUUCUUCAAACAACAUCUCAGGAGCAGUGGAGGCACCUGGAUUCUGCUCAGAAGGAGCACUACUGGAACCUCAUGCUGGAGAACUAUGGGAAAAUGAUCUCAGGAGAUGGCAUCCAACAUCCCCAAACUGAUCCAGCUACUGCAGCAGAAAAUGAGGAAGAGCUGGCAGGACUCAACCUUCAUGCCAGGGACGAGAUCCCCACACCCACCUAUAGAGGAAAAAGACAGGAGAGUAGCAAAGAGAGCCUAAACUUGGAAACCUGUUGGGACCAAGAGCAUCAAGAUUCCCAUUGUCACAUCUCAGGAGGGGUUCCUUCUCAGGGUUCUUUGAGUGACUUCUUUGGUGAAGAUGCACAAAGAUGGUUUGGAGAAGGAGAUUAUCUCCCUAAGGUACAAGGACACCUCCAAGGUGAGGAGAGUGGGGAGCAGCUCUCUCCUCAGGAAAAGGUUUCUGGGAAGCAGGUAGGCCAGCAUUUGCCUGAUUCCCACCCUAGAGACCUGCCUGUGCUGUGGCUCAAAAAGCAAGACAUCCCUCAGAAGGACCAGCUGAGACCUCCAAGGACCCAGAACCUUCCCACCUGCAAAGAGUGUGGGAAAACCUUCUGUAGAAACUCUCAGCUUGUAUUUCACCAGCGAACUCACACUGGAGAAACAUAUUUUCAGUGCCCCACCUGCAAGAAAGCCUUUUUGCGGUGUUCAGACUAUGUUAAGCAUCAGAGAAUCCACAGAGGAGAAAAGCCUUGCAAGUGUGAUCAUUGUGGGAAAGGCUUCAGGGAUAUUUCUGGAUUACGUCACCAUGAAAAAAUCCACACAGGAAAGAAACUCUAUAAAUGUCCCCACUGUGAAAAGAGUUUCAUUCAGAGUUCUGACUUGAAUAGACACCAGUGGGUCCACACAGGAAAGAAACCUUAUAAGUGUUCUCUCUGUGAAAAGAGUUUCAUUCAGAAGUCCCACUUUAAUAGACACCAGCGGAUCCACACAGGAGAGAGACCCUAUAAAUGUCCUCUCUGUGAAAAAAGUUUCAUUCAGAGGUUCAACUUUAAUAGACAUCUGCAAGUCCACACAGGAGAUAAAUCCUAG